GUAGCUUACGCGCUUACGUAGUUGCGCUGUCUUCUUAUAUCUGCUCUGCCGCCGUUCUUCUCUCUUGAGGCUGGUGGAGGGUCGGAAACCAGAACUGCAUUGACGAUCAAUCUGCAAGCAAAAAAAUUCAGUUGUUAAAUUCAAAAAAAGAAGAGAGAAAAGUGUGGGAGCAACAAGAUGUACAGGCCGCCGAACAUGUACGCGCAGCCGAUGUUGGUCAACUGCUCUGGUUGCCGGACACCGUUGCAGCUGCCGCCGAACGCCCGAUCUAUCCGAUGUGCUAUCUGUCAAGCCGUUACUCAUAUCGCCGAGCCUCGAACCGCUCCACCGUCUUCUCUUUCCUCCGCCAACGCGCCGGCCUCUUCUCCAUCGCCCUAUAACCACGCGCCGCCAGGACAGCUCCCUCACGCCCACGGAAAGAAGAGAGCUGUAAUAUGCGGCAUAUCAUACAGGUACUCUCGCCACGAGCUCAAGGGUUGCAUCAAUGACGCCAAGUGUAUGCGCUACCUCCUGAUUAACAAAUUCAACUUUCCUUCGGAUUCCAUUCUCAUGCUCACCGAAGAAGAGACUAAUCCAUACAGCAUUCCUAGUAAGCUAAACUUAAGGAUGGCAUUACAUUGGCUUGUGCAAGGCUGCCAGCCUGGUGACUCUCUACUGUUUCAUUAUUCCGGCCAUGGUUCACGGCAAAGAAACUAUAAUGGUGAUGAAGUUGAUGGAUAUGAUGAAACUCUAUGUCCUCUGGAUUUCGAAACACAGGGUAUGAUUGUUGAUGAUGAGAUCAAUGCAACAAUUGUCAGACCUCUUCCUCGCGGGGUUCGGCUGCAUGCUAUUAUUGAUGCUUGCCAUAGUGGCACUAUACUGGAUUUGCCAUUCCUUUGCAGGAUGAUCAGAAGUGGACAAUAUGUGUGGGAGGACCACCGUCCACGAUCAGGUGUAUGGAAAGGAACUAGUGGUGGAGAAGUUAUUUCCUUCAGUGGUUGUGAUGAUGAUCAAACCUCUGCAGAUACAUCUGCUCUCUCAAAAAUUACGUCUACCGGUGCUAUGACUUUCUGCUUCAUUCAAGCAAUUGAACGUGGACAUGCUGGUACAUAUGGGAGCAUCCUAAACUCUAUGCGUACUGCCAUUCGGAAUACUGGAAGUGGUGGUGGUGGUGGUGGUGAUGUUACAUCUCUCGUCACCAUGCUUUUGACUGGAGGGAGUAUUGGCGGUGGGUUGAGACAGGAACCACAACUAACUGCCUGCCAGCCAUUUGAUGUGUAUACCAGACCUUUUCUCCCUUUGAUUCCUUCUGGGAUUCCUUUAAGGAGCUUCUGAAGUGCCAAGACGAUAACCAGGCAAGCAUAGUCACAGACAAUUCACCCACCAUUCACCCAAGUGUGGAUAUAUGUCCGUACAAUACCAUAAUUGAAUUUCAACCAUAUCUAUACCUGGUUUGGUUCUGUGUGCAAACUUUUAGUGGUUUACAAAGACGAAGGGCUACUAGCAUCUCUCUGAUUUUUUUCUCUCAUAUAAUUUAUUUCUGUGAAUACUUGCAUUAAGACUUCAUGUUUAAUAACCCAUUGUGUCAUUUCAUUAAAA